AUGCAGUCCGUAAUCUACACCGUUUGCCUUUUGGCUACCAUGGCUGUUGCAAGCCCCACCGAGGUUCAACGUAGACAGGUUGGGCUUGCCGGUAUGGGGGGCAUGCCCAUGGGUGGCCUAGGAGGCAUGGGAGGUGGUGCUACUUCGAUGAGCCAGCAAUCAGGCCAAGGCCACCAGGCCCAGAGCUCCUCCACGAUGACUCCGUGGGGCGGUUCCCAGAGCAGCUCGGAGAGCUCAUAUGCCUACUCGUCUACCGACAUCCAAACGCAGUUCUUCAACCCGCUGCUCGGCUCGAUUGGUCAAUUGAAUGGUAUGAUCGGCGGGGGCUCGUUCUCCAUGAUGCAGGCCCAGCAGAUGAUGAGCCAAAUCGCGAUGCAAUUGCAAGGCACAUUUGGAAGCAUGGGACAAUGUGCUUGCAUUGGACAAGGCGGUAUCUCGUCGGCGUUCGGCAGCGUGUUCUCGCAGCUCACCCAGGCCAUAACCAGCAUGAGCACCAUGUUCGGCAUGGGUAACAUGGGCACCAUCUUGUCUCCACUCGGCCAACUUGGAAACAGCUUUUCGUCGUUCUCCAGCCAAAUCGCGUCCUCCCAAUACUCCCAAACCUACUCCUCUUUCUUGAACCCAUUCAUCCAAACCGUUGGCCCGAUGGUUCCCGGACUCGGCUCCGCCAUGGGCCCCAUGUUACAAUAG